AUGAGCUUCAGGCACGAAAUCGAGAGCAUCCGGCGGUUCGAGGGCCUCGUCGAGCUGCAGGUGUUCAUCACGAGAGACCUGGUGGAGCCGGAGCUGAAGUGGGUGGCCGACCAGGAGGCCCUGGCGGAGGGCGAGCGGCUGGCGAGCGAGAAGUUCGGCGACUGCAAGCUGGCGCUGGCCGAAAAGGUCGAUUUCCUGCAGCGUCUCGUGCGCGACGAGGUGUGCUACGUGAGCCUGAACUUGAACCAGAAGCCAGACCUGUGCCGCGAGCUGAGCAGCUACAUAGCGCGGCUGCGCGGCCCAACCGCGGUGAUUGCGUGCGGGCCGGCGUCGAUGAACGCGGACGUGCGCCACUCGACGGUGGAGAGUCUGCGCGGCGACCAGAACAUCGACGAGCUGGAGUCUGAGAACGAGGCCACGGCGGUGGCGGUGUCGCGGGCCAAGCAGGCCGUCGAGCGGCUCCGAUACGAGUACGCGCUGCUGCUGGAGGCUCUGGGCCGCAAGGCGGACGAGGCGAGCAUUCCGAACGUCGGGCAGCUGACGGCAGACGACCUGGAUGGCGACGAGAUCGACAGUCUGCGGCUCGCAGACAUCACGCACCUGCUGACCAGGACGCCGUACUCGCUUGCCAAGAACGGGUUCAACGCCUCUGUGGGUAGCCUGGUGGCGAAGAAAAAACGAGGAGCCAACACGCUCAAGAAGCAGCGGCUCAAGGACCCGACGAUCCCGAAGCGGCCGACCAACGCGUACCUGAUCUUCUGCGAGAUGGAGAAAGAGCGGGUGAAGAAGCAGAUCGAGUCCAAAGACCCCAGCGUGCCGUCGGACCUGUCCAAGGCGAUGACCGAGGCGUGGCGCAACCUGGACGACGUGUCCAGAAAGCCGUACUACGAGCUGUACGAGCAGGACCGGCUGCGGUACCAGCGCGAGAUCAAAGAGUACAAUUCGAAGCAGAAGAACGGCAAGGCGGACGAUCUCAAGAAAGACCUCGACGAGCCCGAGCACGACGACGAGGUGACCGAGAUGGACGUGAACGACGACGACGACGACGACGAGGUCGACGACGACGACGACGAGCUGGACUCCAUGGCGCUGAACGAGGACGACGAGGUCAGUUUCAAAGAGGAGCGGAUGUAG